AUGUGGCAAGAUGGAGUCCCAGGUGUUACGCAAUGGCCUUUGGAACCCCGUAGCGCCUACACGUACGAGAUGAAGGUCACCAACCAGACUGGGAUUUACUGGUACCACGGACAUUUCGGUGCUGUGUUGAUCGAUGGACAACGAGGACCUAUCUGGGUCAAGCCAUCAGCAUCACGACCCAGGCCAUAUUCAAUGAUCUCCUCCAACACCGAGGAAGUCAAGGCUAUGAUGCAAGCCGAGGAUCGUGCCCAUCAUGUCAUGCUCGCUGAUUGGUAUCACGACGAUAUAGAAGUUCAAGCGAUCCAAUAUCGCGAAACUGGCAUUGAGCCAUCUUGCGCAGCGGCAAUCAUAUUCAACGACAAAGGAAGGGUUACAUGCUUGCCUCGCGACGUUCUGGACGAUUACAGCCCGCACUCAAACAGCCAGGGGUGUCUGCCGCCACUCAUCGGCGGAGAUCGCAUUAAUCACCGAGAAUGCGAGCAAACGCAUGCAAACAUGGAGGUCUUCGAAGCCAAAGAUGGUCAGAAGUACAUGCUCAUGAACUUCAUCCAUGGCGGAAGCUACCACAUGCUUCGCAUCUCUGUUGAUGAGCACAAUAUGUACAUUGUGGCGCUUGAUGGUGACUUCGUGCAGCCAGUCAAGGUUCAGGCAGCCACUCUCAACAUGGCCGAGCGGAUCAGUGUAAUGGUGAAACUCGAUCAGAAGCCAGGCACUUAUGCAGUGCGAGCUUCAUCGCUAUCCGAUGAUCAGAUUAUUCAGGGUGUUGGCAUCUUGCGAUACGCAGGAGUUGAAGAAGACAGAGUUGGGGGCGUAAUGACUGUCCCUGACAGCAAGCCUCACAUCGAUUUGCGAGGCAAGAUGCUUCACGAUGGCAAGACUGUGAACGAGAUGCGCGAUCUGGCGCCCUUCCCUCCCAGAUCGCCUCCACAGAAGGCUGACCACACCUUCCGCUUCGCGGUCAAUCAGACUGCCCCGACUUCGUGGGUGAUCGCCAGCGAGCCACAUCAAGGCUUUCGACAGCAGAUGCCUCCCAUUAUGUGGAACAAUGACUCAAUGGGACCGACCUCAUUCAAAGGAAUGAAAAAUGGUUCUGUCGUGGACAUCAUUUUCGAGAACUACGCACACGGCAUGCAUCCAUUCCACAAGCACAACCACAAGGUCUUCGUCAUCGGACAAGGUCAGGGAUUCUUUAAAUGGAUAGAUGUCGACGAAGCUGUCAAAGAAUCUCCCGAAAGCAUCAACUUGGUCAACGCACCUCUUCGAGACGGCUUUAUGCUCGAAAGCGAGCACGGUGCCUGGACGGUUGUGAGAUAUCAGAUCACUUUCCCGGCACUGAGCAUGCUGCAUUGCCACAAGAUUGCACAUUUCAUGGGCGGACAGCAGAUCAUCUUGGCGGAGGGUGUUGAGGCGUUAGAGCCACCUCCAGCUUAUGUCAAGGGUUUGACUCAUGCCUCCUUCAAGCCGCCAUUCAGAUAUGGACCGCUUGAUUAG